ACGUGUUAACCCUUUGCACUCGGAAGUUUUUCAUUAGAAAUAUUUGAACAUUUUCCGAUGAGAAAGGCGACAUUUUGUGAAACUAAUUUGGAAAGAAGUACAUCGAGGAACAAAGCUAUUUUAUUUUAGUAUUUCUCAAAUCGAUUAGUUGUACAAGGUACGAUAUUAACACAUUGCGUACCGGUAACGAGAAAUCUCGUUUUAAUAUAAAGACACUUAGCGGCUUCGCUAAUUACCAUAGCAUUGGAAAAAAUAUAAAAUUUCAUUCGAAUUCAUUAUCUAUUUAAAAUGUAUUUCAUAACAAUAUGAUAUCUGAGUUUUUCUACUAAAUUUUCUUUCUAAUGAAUUUCUCUACGCACGAUUUGGUUUUUUGAAAAUUAUCCGAUACACAAUGUGUUAAAUAUCAAAUUUUAUAGUUUCACCGUGUAAAAUCAGGCGGUGAGCGAGAGUCACCAGUGCAAAGGGUUAGUAAAAGAAUUGUUAAAGUUCACCUAUAUUUAGUCCAGGUGUCCUCCCUUAAAGCCACACCUGUAACGCUGAAGUAAAACACGUUCUGCAAUGAUUUGAAUUGUUAUUUAAAGGGAAAUCGGUGUGUAACCGUUACGAGAGUUUCCUUUGCUUUUUGUGUUCCGUCGAUUCGACUGAUUUGGCUAAUGAGCGGCUCGUGCACGGUUCGAAAGGGGUGGCUGGUGCUCGUUGCCAGGGCUACGGUUCGCAAUAACAAAGAGCGAAGUCGUUUUGUUUUAGUUGAGUUUGUCGUAUCUCGCGAACGCCGUUGCACAGAGAGAUCGUCGCGAUCAUGAAGGAGAGCAUGAAGUUCAUUGUGUCGGAGGUGAACAAGUUGCUGGGUCGUAAUUACAAUAUCAUUUACUUCAAUUCUCUGAGCCCCGAGGAGCUGUUGCACGUGCUGAGAGACGUGUUGGUCAACAUACAAGGCCAAAACGCGAACGCCGAUGCCAGGAACGAGACACCCGAGGAGAUCGCCAUUCAUAUUUUGAAUGUUCUGCGUGUGGUCAAUUAUCAGCCUCAGAUGGAUCCUAUAAGCUUUAGGCAAGGCUUGAUUCGGGGCGACCUUGAAACUAUUCAACCCAUUUUGACCUGGCUGCUGACGCAUGCGGACAUCGUCCGGAAAAGAACGUAUUUGUCACGUUUUCUGGUGAAGGUGGAAGUCCCCGGCGAGUAUUUGAACGAUCCGGAGGUCUCCUCGUUGCACGAGCAGUACACGGCGUUGAUCGAUCGAUUCAAAGCUGUCCAUAAAGAACGGGAGAUAGGGAGAAGGGUAAAAUGAUAAGAAACGAAUGUUUGAAAUUUAACACGUUAAGCGCCACGAAAAUCUUAAGCGUUUUCCCAUAGAGUUUGUCUUUUGUAGCAAAGAAAAGU